GGGCAAUAUAAGUACUGAUAACGUUGAUAUAAAAGGUUAUUGUUAAAAAGACCUUGAGUCGCGAAGUUAAGUACUUGCCAUCGUCUUCCAGACUUUCACAUUAAUCAAAAUGAAGGCUGUCUUAGCUCUCGCUGGCCUUGUGUGCGCCGUCUUGGUAGCCACCACUAGCGCCGCGCCCAACUGCUGCGGAUUGGGAGCCCCUUGUGGAGCAGCGUUCUAUGGUGGCGAAUGCUGCGGAGGACUCUCCUGCGGACCAGCUUUGACGUGUAUUGCAGCUGAGUUCCCAUUCCCCGCCUACGGCCCAUACGGUUAUCCAUACUACGGAUACUACGGCGGCUAUGGAUACUCCGGCCCAGCCUGUAUCGGCUGCGGCUGUGGAUGUGACACAUGCCUCGGAUGUUGAUACUAACAACCAACCCACCCUUGGACACUUUAAAUAUAGUUUUAGUUUAAACUUUCUUAUUUAAUAAAAAUUAAUACCCAAAUAAUUCUAACCUAAAUCCAAACUUUAUUCUAGUUAUAUUAAAAGCAUACUAACAUAACAUAAUCCGUAAAUCUAACUACUCCCACCUAAAACGCCUAAAAAUAAUCCUAUAUUAUUUCCUGUAUUUUAAUUUGUUUCUGUAUAAAAUUUUCUGCAGGUUGUAUGAAAGCGUAUAAAUAUAUAGCACUAUAUACGUAUUUUUGUCAACAUAUCUCGGUACAGAACUGUUUUACGGGGUAAUUAGCAUAAUAUUAAUGCUACUCAACUAAUUAACUAUCACCAAAAUAGUAAUAUAAUUUAAUUAAUAUGAAAUCUAUUAUUGCGCUUGCAAUUAAAAGGUAAUAAAAACU